GUGCGAGGGAACCUAGAGGAGUCAGGGAGAGAAAGCGAGGGCCAGAGGAACCACGAUAGAGACGGAGUGAGCAUGUCUGUCUCCGCACCUCCGGUGAUCUCUGCAACUUCCAGUGGUACCUGCGUCCCGGGGGCUUUAUUUCGGGCCGAACCCCUAUACUCCACUCCGGGAGAGCCCCCUCGUCUCACCCCUAAUAUGAUCAACAGUUUUAUGGCCAAUAACCACAGCGGCAGCGCCGGGAGUGGCGGGGUCGGUAGUGGCAGCGUUGGCAGCUGCAACACCAACACCAACGAGUGCCGGAUGGUCGACAUGCACGGGGUGAAGGUAGCUUCAUUCCUGAUGGAUGGCCAGGAACUGAUCUGCCUGCCGCAAGUCUUUGAUCUUUUCCUCAAGCACCUGGUGGGUGGGUUGCACACGGUGUACACCAAGCUGAAGAGAUUGGACAUAUCUCCAGUGGUGUGUACCGUUGAGCAGGUCCGGAUCCUCCGCGGGCUGGGGGCCAUCCAGCCUGGGGUGAACCGCUGCAAACUCAUCACCAGGAAAGACUUCGAAACUUUGUUCACUGAUUGCACCAAUGCCAGAAGGAAGAGGCAAAUGACAAGAAAACAAGCUGUAAACAGUUCAAGGCCUGGUAGGCCCCCUAAACGUUCUUUGGGAGUGUUGCAAGACAAUGCCCGCCUUCUGCCCCACGCAGUCCCAGGCCUCUUAUCACCAGGACUUAUCACUCCGACAGGUAUAACUGCUGCAGCAAUGGCUGAAGCAAUGAAACUGCAGAAGAUGAAACUCAUGGCUAUGAACACACUUCAGGGAAAUGGAAGCCAAAAUGGGACUGAAUCAGAGCCUGAUGAUCUUAAUUCUAACACAGGUGGAAGUGAAUCCUCCUGGGAUAAGGAUAAGAUGCAGUCUCCUCUUGCUGCUCCUGGACCUCAGCAUGGAAUUGCUCAUGCAGCAUUAGCUGGGCAGCCAGGCCUUGGGGGUGCUCCUACCCUUAAUCCACUGCAGCAGAACCACUUGCUAACCAAUAGACUGGAUCUGCCAUUUAUGAUGAUGCCUCAUCCUCUACUUCCAGUCAGCUUACCUCCUGCAUCAGUUGCCAUGGCAAUGAAUCAGAUGAACCAUCUCAAUACUAUUGCCAACAUGGCUGCUGCAGCCCAGAUUCACAGUCCACUCUCCAGAGCUGGUGCCUCUGUUAUAAAGGAGCGGAUCCCAGAGAGCCCUUCUCCUGCUCCCUCCCUGGAAGAGAGCCAUCGCCCUGGGAGCCAGACCUCCUCCCACCCCAGUAGCAGUGUGUCCAGCUCUCCCUCUCAGAUGGAUCAUCAGUCAGAGAGAAUGGUUAUGAUGCCCAACAAUAGAGAGGAACUUAUUGUUGAUCAUGAUAAUGGACCAACCAUCAAAAAAUUCCAAAGGGAUAAUAAAGAAGAAGUACCUGUUCAAAUUCCACUGAUGAAGUCACCCUUGGACAAGCUUCAACUGGCUCCUGGGCAGGCCUUGCCCCCUGGAUUCCCUGGACCAUUCAUUUUUGCUGAUAGUCUAUCCUCCGUGGAGACUCUGUUGACCAACAUUCAGGGUCUGCUGAAAGUGGCUUUGGAUAAUGCUCGCAUCCAGGAGAAGCAGAUUCAGCAAGAAAAGAAGGAACUGCGAAUGGAGCUCUAUAGAGAGAGAGAGAUUAGAGAAAACCUUGAAAGACAACUUGCAGUUGAGCUUCAAAGCAGAACUACCAUGCAAAAGCGCCUGAAGAAGGAGAAAAAAGCCAAAAGAAAACUGCAGGAAGCCUUGGAAUUUGAAUCAAAGCGCAGGGAACAAGUGGAACAGGCGCUUAAGCAAGCCACAACUAGUGACAGUGGCCUGAGGAUGUUGAAAGAUACUGGAAUUCCAGAUAUUGAAAUAGAAAAAAAUGGGACUCCUCAUGAUAGUGCUGCUAUGCAAGGAGGUAACUAUUACUGUUUAGCAAUGGCACAACAGUUUUAUUCGGCCUGAAAGGUCCUCGCUGGCUUUACAUAAAUGAAGAUGCUUGUGAUUCCAGUUUAUCUCUGAAACUAUUCAACAUGGAGUAUUUUCAAUUGUGUUUAUCAGCAAAGCUUUGUUUACUGAAGCAGCUAUUCAAUCUGUUACAUUAAAAAAGGAAUAUGUGUAAAUUUUAAAAUCAAUGAUGUAAACAUUGUCCUCACAUUAGAUUGACCAGUUUAAGAAUAUGAACUAAAUCCUAAUGGCUAAAGUAACUUGACCAUAUUUGAUGCUUUUCUAUGAUCAUUUCAGCUUGGCUUUUUGUCUUUUAAGAAAAAAAUACUGUAGUGUGUUAGAGACUAGAUUCUUAUAUGUAUGGUUUCUCUGUUCUUCCAUAUAUUAAGUUAAAGUAUGCUUUCUUUGUUAAAAAAUGUACUUGCUAAACUUCAGUAUAAAUAAAAGCAUUUUGACUUUGUCAAUUGUUACUGAGUUUUUUUUUUCACAUUGCCAACUUCAUUCAUGGAAAUAUGUAGUAGUCAGUGCAAAUCAAAAUAUAGGAAAUAGGAAAGUGUUUGCAAA